CCACAGAAUACUCGCGCACAGCAGCAGAGAAUGACAUCCAUGAUAUUUGCAAAGCAGAUGUCUCCAAGGAGAUACCCCCCAGAUAGCGAAGUAGCGGUGAAUGUUGUGCAAAGUUUUAACACGGAGUUCCCCGCAGGCAUAGCAGAAAGAGCCACAACUACAAUUAGAACACCCAUGGGUGUAGUGGAGCAAGUAUCCGAACACGUGAGUCUAGGAGAAAUAUCUACUCAUAUUGCUAUAGCCGAGCAGACUACAAUUCAAGAGGUAUCGCACUCGCUGAAUACAGCGGGAGAAGUCCCGGAAUCGAAAUCUGUUAAAUCGGAAUCGCAGUCCAUCACUGGCAUUGAGGGCAGGCUCCCAAAUGUUGGUCCAGAUGGUCUAGAACCGUCAGUUGCAUCUAAUGCAGAUCCGGAUUCAGAAACAGAUUCAGGCUCGGACUCAGACUCGGACUCAGACUCGGAAUUCGAAUGGAAAAGAGGAAAAUGAGACGCCUCUUUGUACAACUGUCCUGGGAUGGAGUGCAUUGGUGAGGCGGAGUGUAGACAUCAUACAAAUGCAUUUGCGCAUACUCACGGAAUCGGAUUGAG